GUGCCCCGACUGAUCUGAGUAUCUGACCGCUCUUAAGCUUCCAAACCUCACUGAUAGAUCCAAAGCCAGCACAGCGAAAACCAGCAGCCAUGAGGACCAGCAUCACCCUCGUCAUCGGGGUGGCCGCCAUCAUCUACGCGGUCGCCAUGCCCGCCACGGCGAUGCCCGGCGGGUGGGAACACAUCCGUAACAUCAACGACCCGAAGAUCCAGGGGCUCGGCAAUUGGGCGGUGGGGGAGCACGUGAAGCAGGCGGGCGGCCGGCUCAGGUUCAGCAAGGUGGUGCUGGGCACGGUGCAGGUGGUGUCAGGCUUCAACUACCGGCUCCUCGUCCAGGCGCUGAACGUCGCCGGCAAGAAGGACGCGUACAAGGUGGAGGUGUACGAGGCGGCGGCCAACAAAGGCCGCAAGCUCGUCUCCUUCACCCCGGUCGCCGAAGAGGCGUAGGCCUUUUGGUGCAUUUGUAAUUCUUGAUGGACAUCGCCACAGCUCACAAGCAAUAUUAAUGAGGCAUCAAAAAGUUACAGAUCCAACUGCAUUACCUUUGACUCACAUAAUCUAAAUGUCACUCUCGUGUGUAUUCUAGAAAAGAAAAUUUUGAGCUAA